CCUGGUUGCUUCUGUGGAUACAGACUAACAUGGCUCCCCCCGAUACUUAGGCCUAGGAAUCCCUCAUCUGGGUAGAGCAAAUUAGGAACUGCAAAAUUGUUGCUUUUUGCCUGUUUACUGCUGUCACUCUUCCAAGAACACAAGAUGGUAGCUGUUUUUGAGACUAACUUAUACCUAUAGUCAUUACUAGCUAGUAUAUGGCUUCACAGGACUUCAGCCCAGAAUCCCUAGCACGGGCGCUGGUACAAUUUUUAUAGUGGGGGUGCUGAGAGCUAUUGAACCAAACUGUAAACCCUGUAUAUGAUGGAAACCUCUUCAAGCCAGGUGGUGUAGCAGCACCCCUAGUUCCAGCACCUAAGAUCCCUAGGUACACAGAUAAUGAACUCUCUUCUCAUUCCUGAAGGUGCUCCCUCCAGUUAGAGCUAAGGUCUGCUGUUGGAUGUGUGCAGGGAAACUUGCAUUGCUGUUGCCUAAACUGCACCUCUUCUGUGAUCAGAGGACUUCAAUCUCUAGGGCUGGCAAAGCCAAUCUGGUGCCUUUUGUGACUUUUAAAUGCCACGAGGAAAAGAAAAUACGAGCAAGAGAACAAAAGAAUCCUACUUUUGGCCCAGUUCUGCAAACCCUUCACUCAUGCAGGUCAUCCCGUCACAGUCAACGGCAUGACUUGUGAGAGAAAGGAUGGAUUAUUCUGCCACCUGCUGAGGAGUCCCUUACCCGUGAAACAGCCAAAAUGAAUAAGGGUGGGAGACUGGGGUCUUCAGUGUUUGAGAGUUUUCAGGAUCAGGUCCCAAAUGUGUAUCAAGCUUAAUUUCAGUAUGGAAAAACUCAUCCUGAUUGUAGUUACUGUUUAUAUUACCAUAGUGAGUAGGAGGCCUAAUCAUAGACUAGAAUCCCAUUGUGCUAGGUGCUGUAGACAGGACAAAAGGACAGUCCCUGCCCCCAGGAGCUUACAAUCUAAGUAACUCAUGAAGCGCUUUCUUAUUAAUUUCUGGAGAAAGCGGAAACAACGACCCAUGAGUGGUGGAGUGAAAAACAGUCACUCAUCUCUGUGGGAGAAGGUGCACUGGAGGUUGGGUGGUUCUGUUGCACUCUUUGAUCAUGCAUGUGUGGAGGAACACAGAGCCACUGUUGUACAGGCUUGCUCAUGUUAUUUAUAUCACCCUGUGAGUUCCUGGAUAUUACAGUAAAACAAUCCAGUGUGCCUAGAAAUAAAAGGAACAGCAGCCUCACUUGAGAUUUGUCUUCUGAGGUUCUCUAAGGGGAGUCCCCCCAAAGGGUGUCUGAACCUUGGGCCUUGAUGGGGUGGAGGGCAGAGUUAGAGGUCUAUAGCAGGACAUUAUGCCCCAUAUAAUCUGUUUCCCUGCCACUGUGAUGUAUUUCCUCCCAGACAAAGGAACUGGCACAAACUUUUCCCUGAUCUAACUCCACUGAAGUCAGCAGAGUUCCACUAGGGAUGAAUGUGGCCCAGUUCUAAAGCGGUGAUGAUGGAAUAGUGCAUAGUAACGGAGCAGCAUUGCUGGCUCCUCUGCAGAACUGCCAAUUAGAUGCUCAUUUCCUGGGUGUAUUACAACCUAGCUCUGCAAAGUAGUUCCUCUUCUCAUUGCCGCCCUCAGCCAAAUGCAUCUUAAAUCAAUACCCGAGGAUCACAGGGUGUGAGCAAUGGGAGAAGCCUAUUGCUUAUGUGUGUGCUUUGUGUGUGGCUGGCAGAACAAUCUCAGGCUCCGGCAGAGACAAAGAGUGUGAGAACUGGUUUAGUCAGAGCCUGCAACCAGCUGAACUGGGUCUGCCCUAGGAUCAGUGGCAGCAAGCAGCUCAGGAGAAGGAGAGAGGCCUGAUAGCUCUGAGCCAGGCAGCCCUCGGAGCCGGUCAUGUAGACCCAGAUACCAUAUUAAAUGCAACCCCCUGGGUUUGCUCUUCUCUCUAAUGAGACCUCUACAGGGCUGCAGGAGACAAGGCAUCAUUUUGGGGAUCGUGAUCCUCUGCCUGGCUGCUGGGUGGGCUCUACAGACCCAAGGAGGAGUAUCUUUACUAGUCCCGCAACCCAACAUAAAUGCCACCGUGGCACAAAAUAUUCUCCUCUCUGUUGAAUAUACUUGCAAAGGCAUAGUCUCCAUUGAGUGGAAGCAUGUGUCGAGUUGGGGCACCAACAAAAUUGUGGAGUGGAAACCGGGGAGCUAUACUAACAUAUCCAAAAGUUACAAGGACCGAGUGAACAUUUAUGAAAACGGCUCUAUACAGCUUCUGAAUGUAGGCGUGAGAGAUGCUGGCUAUUAUGUUGUCACCAUAACAGAAGAGCUGGGAACCAACAUCUACGGCACCAUUGUAUUAAGUGUCUAUGAGAUUAUCUAUGAAGAUUUACAUUUUGUAGCUGUCUUCUUUGCAUUUCUCAUUGCUGUGUCUGCAGUUUUAGUCUGCUGCAUGUGGUUCUGUAAUAAAUCUGUGCAUCUAUUCCAGAAUAAGAGAGACAAGCUUAAAGCAAGAACAGCUGAAGAGAUAGAACUGCAAACCAUUGAGUGUUAGCCAAGAACAUUUCAUAACAAAUAACAUUUCUACCUCAAGAAAAAAUAAUGUAAAGGAAAGGGGGGAAAACCCACAAAAGGUAAAGUUUUUAUACAAUCUUUUUUUAACAUGACUGAUAUAGAAACUUCCUGACUUGCAAAUAAGACGUCAGUUGGAGAUGGAAUCAGACCUGCAUGUAUGGAGCCUCUUGCAAGUGUGAAGAUUUCAAUUCUUCCAUUUACAGCGGACAAGGUCAAAGUGAACAGAAAGCUUCCUUUGUUGAGCAUGGGGACUGUUCAUAGGCUAUAUCAUAAGAUCUUUAGCCUGGAUCUCUUUCAAAAAAACAAGCCAAUCAAGCUACUUUGGCUACAUAAUAUUGGGAAAUAUAAAGAGGACUUGCUUAGGGUCUUAACGGACAUUUGUUUUGCUAAUGAGUAUCCCAGUUAGUGCAAGUUUCCCUUCAUAAAUAGGCAGCAGACUAGACCUCAGCCUUCUUCAACAUGCUGCAAAUGUGCAUUAAUGUAUUAAAUUAUUAAUUUUAAAGUAAAUGAAGGACAGUAUACUGUAUACCGCAUAUUAUGCUGCUAUCUUCAAGCCAAAGAAUUUGCUGAAGCCUCCGAAGACUAUUAUAAUUCGUCAUGAGACAAAAGUGAAUUUGAGCCAAUGACCCCAUGGCUGAAAUUCCAUCUCUCAGUAUGUUUAUGAUUGUUUACAUUGUCCUAUGAUAUUAAUGCAAACUUACCAAUUGUAUAGAAACUUCUUAAACAAUGAACAAUGCAAAUAUACAGAAGGUGACACCGUCAAUAGACUAUGAUUAGAACUGUCAGAAAAGUUCUGGUGGGGUCAAAAAGUGACAUGGAGCUUAAUCCAGAGAAGUAAAGAGCGCCAUGGAUUCCACAAACUCAGGCCAGGGAAGGAUUGAGUCUAUCUUGUUUGGGAGAGCUGCUUAACAAGAUGGUGUUGCUUUUUUCAGAAUUUCUUUUAAAUGGCAGCAAAGCCUCUUUUGCUUUUAUUUUUUGUAAGCAAAUUUUAAAUGAACUAACGACUACCUGUCUGUAUCUGGUUGCUGCACUUAAGGUUAUCACAUAGGUCUUCUGUGUGGAGUAAUUUGGCUUUUUGAAACAGAAAGCACUAGUUUGUUUACUUAAGUAAGUUUGAAAGCAUUAAGCUCUAAAUUAUCUUGUUUUUGUAAGAAGAGAGGAAUAUUAUAUGAAAUAAACCUUGAAAAUG